AUGCCACCACCUUUCAAUUUCUAUGAGCCGGUAGCAACAACGACAGCGGCUACGAAUGCUUCCAUCGACAGAGUCGUCUUUCAGAUAGAACUGCUCUCAGGACAAAUUAAUGUUUUGACAUAUGAGGUUGACGGAGCAGUAGCGGAAAUAGCAAAACGCGGUGAGGAGACGAUCUCAUCGAUAAGUAACAACUUUAACACUGAUACUAUCAAAAAUGUGGAAAGAAUGUUGGUAAGCUUUUCUUCACAAGUUUAGAU